AUGGCUGAUUUGAAGAAAGAGCGAAAACGAAAACGCCUCGAGACGGUUCUCCCGGUGAGUCCGAAGCCGAAGACGGUGCGCCUCUCAAUGCCUACGAGGACUAUGGCGCCGAUUGUUGAAGAGGAAGGAACCAAAAAAGAAGCAAAUGUAACCAUGAGACGUCCUCUGCGUGGUUGUUCGCUCUCGAUUGUCGAGGAAAGUGAGGAGGUUUCCGAGGAUUCGAAAAAUUCGGAGAUGCCAGAAAUCAAGAAAAUGGAACCAGAAAAACCAAAAAAUGUGGCGAAAAUUGAGGUGGCGAAGAAGAAAAGCGAUUCAAAAUGA